AUGAGUACCUCUGACAUCUCGGGGGAAGAGAGUCUGUCGGGUGCUAUAGGAGAUGAAGCCAAGCCAGCCAACAUGAACAGACAAUUCCUCAAACGGCUGGGGAUAUCUGUGGCGAUUAUUGCUGUUGUAUUCUGGGGCAAUGUGAGCUGGUUACUGGGCAGUUACUUCCAUGGCUCAGAGUACAUGUACCGCGCCCAGAUGCUUGUUGUGGACUAUGAUGGGUCUCUGGUUGGUCAGGCCCUCCUGGCAGCGGUUGAUGAUGCCAAUGGACCAGUCAACAAUCCAACCUAUGUCGUCGCUUCGGCCAGGGAAUACACCCUGCAGGAGGUGAAGCACGCAGUCUUCAUAGGCCAAUUCUGGGGCGCGAUCUAUGCCUCUGCCGAUGCCACUGCCCAACUCAACGCGACACUGGCAGGGACAAACACCUCUGUAUAUGAUGUGGAUGCAGUGUAUAUGCUUUUUGGAAAUAGUGCCCGCUAUACUGCCUUUUAUCCCUCGGUCGUGCUCGACAACCUGGAAGCGAUUGCCAAUGCCGCCGCUGCAUACUUCCGCCAGACUCUAGCGGGAGUAUAUUGGGAGGAUGUUCUGACCAGAAACAUAUCCCAAGCACAGCUGGGCACAUUUCUGAGGCCACUUGGGUAUACAUAUGUCGAUACCAGCUAUGGAUCAUUUACCUUUGGCGACCGCACCACCUUCAACACCUUGAUGAUUGUGGUGGUAGUUCUUGCACAAUUCUUCUUUCUUCUUGCUCUGAACAACCUCUCCAAGGCAUGUGGCCGCUUCGCAGCCGUUUCCACUUGGGACUACUUCAAGUGGCGGCUGCCUCUCUCCCUGGGAUGGGCGUGCUUCAUGGGCAUAUGUCUCACGUCCUGGCAGAUGAUCUUCCGCGAGGGAUACCCCAUUAAUGCUCGGCUAUUUUGGGCUCUCUGGAUCCUGUAUACCGUCUUCUCGACCAUUGUGUUUGACGUGCUUGAUAUCAUCACUGCCUUUGUACCACAGCAGUAUAUCCCCUACUGCAUGUUCACCUGGAUGAUUACAAAUGUGUCGAGUGCUGGCAGUCCAGUUGAGCUAUCGAAUGCCUUCUACCACAUCAGCUACUUCUUCCCCGCGCACUCCAUGUGGCUGGCAGAGCAGCACAUCUGGUCGCAGGGGGGUGCAUAUCCCCUUUCCCUCAGUCUGCCCAUUCUAGCUGCCUGGUUGGUUGUUGUUAAAGUGUGCACCAUCUUCACUGUGAAGCCUCGUCGCGGAUAUUAG